AUGUUCACAUCAAAAUUAGAUGAAUGCUUAGUGAUGAAUACACCUUCACAUCUACUUUCUUCCACUUCAAUUGAUAAUCCUCCAUGUACACAGACUACUAAUUCUAAUAAUUUCACUAGGGAAGAAUAUUUUAAUCCAAAUUUAACAGUAAAUGAAUCAACUAAUGUUAUUGUUUUAAACAAUGAUUCUCAUCACAAUGAAUGUGUUAUUAUUAGUCAACAGAAUGAUGCUAAUAUUAAUGGUCAAGAUGAUGAAGAUAAUGAUAAUCUUUUCGAUGAUUUAUCGGCAGCAAUUGAGGCUAUCAAUGAAGCGAAUCGUUUAAAUUCUACUUGUGAUGAUGAUCAUGAUAUUGAUGAAGUUUGUGGCAAUGAAUCAGUCGACAAUUCUAAUCAUAUAUCAUCAACUAUACAACAUCACCACCACCACCACCAACAACAACAACAGCAACUACAAAGUGUUCCAGGUAUUACAACAUUUCGUACAAUAACAUCUACAGAUCACUUUGUUACACAUUCAAUGUUUGUAAAUAUUUCUAACACAUGUAUAAAUUCUACCAAUCAACUGACAUCAUUUAAGUGUAAUAGUGAUGAACUAAUUCAAACAAAUCAAAAUGAGAUACCAGUGAAUCAUAAUACUGGUAUUAGUAGUUGUAGUAGUACUAGUAGUAUUAUUAUGCCAUCAUUAUUGACAACUUCAUCUCGUCCUAUGAAUACAUUUCCAUUAAGUUGGAGAUUAUUAUUACGACCAAUAUUUGAAAAAGCUUUAAUUGAACGUUUAUGGACUAGUGGUGAAUUGGGUUCAUCAAAUCCACACGCUUUAUUAUUAUCUAUGUGGUUCUAUAUAUCACGUCAUUUCGGUAUUGGUUGUCGUACAGAUCAUGCUAAACUUGCUUAUGGUAAUAUUAUUAUCGGUAUGAAUGCAACAACUGGAGAACGUCAUCUACAGUUUACAAGUCUUCCACACGGAGCUGCUUCAGCCGGUACAUUAAGAAAGCUAUCGAAACGUGGGAAAGAAUUUGUGUCCCCAGUGAAACCACGUCAUCCAGAUAGUCUUCUCCCAGAAUAUUUAAGUAGACCAGAUCGUUGUCCAGUUCGCUUAUUUGAAGCUUUCUGUUCACAUAGACCGUGUUCAUCAACAGCUAUUGAAUCACCGUUUUACUUACAGCCUGAUCGAUCUCCUUCUUUAAUGCAUCCAUCGACUGUCAAUAAUGUAUGGUUUACGUCGAAUGCACUUGGUAAAAAUAAAAUCGGUUCAAUGUUGAACGGUGCACUACAAAGUAUUGGUAUACCCGUUGGAAGGCAAGUGAGUCUAGCACGAUUUUGUGAUGCACUGAUAGCUGCAGCUUUUUCUCAACCAAGUAGUGGUGAUGAUGAAAAUGUCGAUGGUACUACUGAUGAUGGUGAUAGUAGUAAUGUUGGUGGAGCAUUACGUAACCUGUUAUUAGUGAAUUGUCAAUCAAAUAAACAAAUUCCAGAAUCACUUCAGCCAAUUAUUGCAAUGUAUGCAGAGAAUAUUGUUCAAAUGUCAAGAACUCCUGGUUCAUCUGUCUACGUAUAUCUUGCUAAAAUAUGUGAAAUGCAAAAGGCUUUGGGUAAAAAGAGAAAGGCAGAUACUAGGUUGAGUAAAAUUUCAUCGAAAUUCUUAUUUACUACUUCUACUACCACUACUAACGAUGAUGAUGAUGAUGACGACGAUGAGGAUGUUGAAGAUGAUGACGGUAAUGGUGAUAUUAAUCAUACUAACAAUGUUGAUGAUAAUCAUUCAAUUGAUUUCACGAGGAAUUUACCAGUUACAACGGAUAAUAUAAAUCAUGGUACAUCUGGUGCGAUGAAUGUUAACUAUUUGAAGGCCUCACCUUCAUUACCAACGCUUACAUCAGGGAAUCUUUGUAUCGAUUCGAAACAGGCGGGAAUUUGUUACAGUGAUAAUCAUUCUAUGGAUGAUGAAGAUGACGAUGUUGGUAUCGAUUUAUUCGAUUUAGAUCAUUCCGAUUCAUCACUGAAUAAUCCCGGUGAUGGUAUGCUUGAAAUGCAGCAACAUCAAAUCCACCAUCAUCAUCAUCAACAACAACAACAACAAAUACAUAAGGAUCAAAUCAGAACUGGUAUUGGUACAACAAAUGAUGGAGAUGAUGAUGAAAUGAAACAAGAGAUGAAUUGUCUAACUAAGGUUAAAUUGUCUCCAAGUCAAGUCGAUAUGAAUCUGGGUAUUUCACAAACAUAUCCUUUCGGAGACAUUAUGCAAACACAUGGGCAAACUUUAUUCGACGUGACUAGUGGUCAAUUGUUUCAACUACAACAGCAGCAGAAUCCUCAACAACAACUGAAUGAUUCAUCAGAACUGCUAUUCACCUCUUCCUUAUCAUGUGCUAAUAGUGUCAACAGUGGUACUGUUGGCAGUGUAAAUAUUUCUUCACCGGCUGUUUUAUUUGUGCCAGCCACAUAUACAACAGCUGCGCAUAAUCGUAUAGAGUUGAAUACUGCUGGUGCUGCUCCCGCUUCUUCUGCUUCUUCUAAUCUCAUUACAGGCUCUUCUAUUUCUGCUGCUCUGCCUUUAGAUGAGAAUAUGAUAGAUAUUUCACGUUUAGGUGGCAUCGAUAGCUUGAUGCCUACGACUAUGAUCUCAUCGAGUAUAUCACUUAAACAAUCUUCCCCUGUAAAUGUUUCAUCACAGUGUCUACAGAGUAAUUUGAAGCAUGAAAUUACCAAUCAAAAUGGUGAUAUAGUCUACAAUCAAUCUAAUGAUGAUAUACGCAUAGAUUUGCGUAAAACCGGUGGUGGUUCCGGUAGAUCUGUUAAAUUAGAACUACGAGAAUUGUUGGAUCUUGUGUUAGCUGCUUCUGCUCGUACACCGAAUCCUUUAGUUCUUGCAGAUAGUGGAAAGAUUUACACCCACAUCCUGGCACAUCACAACGUCCUCCAGUUGGUUUGGUUACUCAGCUACUUUGGCGCGCACGUGCAUUGGAUGAUCGUGGACCGUGGAUUUUAA